GAGCAGGGAAAAAGGCUGAGGGGGGCGGGGAGGUGAAUGUGGCCAUGUGUUUCUUCCCCGAGGAGUCGGGGUGGGGGGUUGUUUGCGGUGACAUAUCUCCACCUGAGCCCGCUCGGUGAGGUCCAGCGUCUUGAAUCUCUUAAAAGGGAAGGAGGUGGGUGGGAUCAGCGGAGCCAGGUCCCUGAUUUGUCCCCACUCCUGCCCCAGGAUGGCUCUCUUUCCCUGGAUGCUCGCCGUAUCAGCCUAACUGAAAUUCAUAACUGAGCUUCCCUGGGCAGAUUCCUCCAUUGGCUACCCGGGACUUCCUGCAAAAAGUUCAGAACCCGUACAGGCCUUCAAGGCCCGUGGCACACUAACCUCCAAUUAUGACCAGAUCUUUCUCUACAGGCAAGCACCUCCCACUGUAAGGACAGUAGCAUCUCAUUGGCUCCAGCUAAGUAGAAUCUUUGCUCUUUGGGCUUGCUUCUAGCUUAAUGAGCCUUUGUUCUUUCUGUUCUGCUCUGUUAUAUACUGAUCUCCAGAUCUAACAUCCUUCAAUGCCCUUUUGAAAUGCCAUCUUCAAGAAAUUCCUUCCGGAGCUCCUAUGCUCCGUGCUGGAAGUCUCUGAAUUGCAGUUCUGUGUCCAUCUCUCUAUUCCUGAGCACAGUCUGCCCAAAGGGACUUUCCACACCUGUGCCAGCAGAGCUCCUACCUGGUAUCUCUCUCUCUUAGUGUAAACUUAGAGCAUGAACCUUAUCUUGGUUCACCAGUGUCUCCAUACCCAGAACAUCUAGAACAAUGCCUGGCACAUCAGAGGUGCCCAGUACAUUUUCAUUAAAUGAAUACAAAGGAAGUUUUAAGAAAUGUUUUUUUGAGUGAUUAGAGUUCUUUCCCAGGACUGCCAGACCCCAAACCAGCCCUCAUCAAAUGGGUGGAGCAGGAGACGCAGCUGUAGGGUACAGAUGUUCAGGAUCCCCAGCAGGAGGAAACUUGAGAGAAAGCCAUAAGUGGAAGCAACGUCCCAGUUCCAGCUGGAAGGGAAAACAUUUGCUGAGCAAGCAACACCAUCUAUGUGUUCUUUACUGCUGGUGUUACUAAUUUCUGCCAACCUGAAUUUAUGGCACCCACUAGAGAUUGGAAUCUUGACCUUCUCUUUCUCACUUAAUUGGCUCUGAGGCAUCCAAGUAGUCCCAUGAUCAGGUCACACUGUAUGAAUCAUCCAAAGUCUAGGUCAGUAGCAAUGUGCAAAUUCAAGUUUAGGAUGAAAGCAGUUCACCUUUCUCUCUUCCAGGUUCCCUGGUCACUGUAACAGCUGCUCCUUUGGUUGAGAGUAUCUCCUCUGGUUGGCCCUGGAGUGGGUGGGAAUGUCCUUGACUUUUGAGCCCUUCAAUUGGCCAACACAGUCCAGAAGGGGGCUUCCAGGGGUUGGGUACCCAUCUAAAUUUGUCUGCCAUAGUGAACAUGAAUAGGCCUUGGCGAGUUAACAGGAAAAAAGGCAAGUUUUGAAUCUGCUAUGUUUCCCAACAACCCCUUGGGAAGAUGAUACAUUUGGAAGCAGAAGGAGUCUGUUUGGGAGUUGUCAUGAGUCCCUGGGAUCAGAGACACUGACCUGGUCUUUGAGUCUGUGGCUAACAUUUCCUGUUGCCAGGACAUUCCCAGGCCCUCAGUCUGCGCCCAGCCUCAGCACCUGGCACUCAUGCAGUACCCUCAUCUCCAGCCUGAGUGCAGUCAUGGUUUACCUUUACCUUCACCUUGGCCUAGUGCACUCUGGGGAGGGACCCUUUACUUGCAGCCAGUGCAGUACCUCUCAUGCUACUUGCUGACUCACACAGACAAGCAUUCCUGCUACUGUCCUUACAGUGGGAGGUGCUUCAACCAGAGGCCACCAGUAGACCCACCAGCCUGCUACCAUGGCCCUCAGGGGCUGACCCAGGGGUGCAGACUCUGCCCUGGCUUCUUCCCCAGGAGAUUCCAGACUCUCCUGUGAGCUUUUAGCACUACCCAGAAUUCUUCCAGGCCUGUGUGUGAGAGGCACCAUCAUGGGGGAUGGACACUGACAGGUGACAAAAAGCCAUCACUCUUUUUAAAAAAAAUUUUUUUUAUUGAUUUAUAAUCAUUUUACAAUGUUGUGUCAAAAAAAAUCACUCUUAAUGGAAAUUUUCUUGUGUCCUUCAGGGGCCUAAGAGGCUAGCAGAACGAGGGCUGGGGUCAAGCUUUGGGGCAACUCUGUGUCCUUACCUUCUCCUCACCCUUCCCAAGUUUUUGUCUUCCCUCCCCUCUUUCUGCUGUGAUCAGCUCUUUACUUGUUGAGCUCCCCUGGGGAGAAGCUUCCACCAGAUACAAGGUGUUAGGAGGAGGCCUCAGGGAGGCUUGUGGAAAGAGGAAAACAGACAAAAGCUCCAGACUAGACCCCAGACCUGCUGAAGAGAUGAAGUGCACUUCCAUGAAGUGUGAAAUGCUGUGACUGAUUUAGCUGGGCAAAGGAAAAAUAUCAAGCCUUCUUAGGGCAGGGGACUUAUGUAUGAAGGCAUGUGGGGAACACAGGGUAGGCAGUCAAUAAAUAUGUCCUGUGAGACAGAGGGUUUGAAGGUAGAAAUGAUGGAGAGAGUUAGUGCCAUUUGCUGAGAUAAAGACUCCAGGAGGAGCGGUUGAGGGGAAGAAAGGGAUGCGUUCAGUUUGAGCCACUCAGAGGUGCUUGUGGGACAUCUAUACAGGGUCAAGGUGGCAGAUGGCCCUGUGAUCAGGAGCUCAGGAGCCAGAUUUGAGCUACAGGUAAACAGAUGCUUGGGAGGCAUCCUGUAGGGCUUGUAGCGGGAGGGUAAGCUUGCAGAAAGAGGGUCGUUUUUACUUUUCUCAGGCCUUUCCCUACUCUCCUCCAGCUGCCUCUGCGAUCUCCUGAAGCAAAAGCUCCUAGAAUUUCAGGCUCGACCUAGCUUCCAAUAGAGAAGAUUCUUUUACCCGCUCCAUUUUUUUUUUUUUUAAACGCUCAACAUUGGGCAAAGCCUGCUGUCACCUAGGGACGGGCCGAAGCCCAAUUAUAAACGGUCCGGCGACGAAAAUGAACGUCUGAAUUCACAGCGGCAGAGCUGGAGGUCUGUGCUCCAUGCCUGGGCGGGGCCGUGGCUGCGCCUCCCCGCGCGACGGGCGCGGGGACCCGGCAGGGAAGCCCAGUUGCCGCGCCCCCGGGACGGGCGCCGCGCUCUAGGGAACGCCGCCCCCGGGCCGGUGGCAGCGCCUUCUCGGGCGCCUGUAGCCGCCGCGGCCAUGUUGACUGAGGGCUCGAAGACAAAGCCACCUGGAGACCCUGGGGUGGCGUCAUCUGGGCACGAUGGCGCGGGAGCAAAGUUCGUGGAGCCGCGUUGCCGCCAUCUCUUAGGAAGGCACCUUCCAGUUCUGGUUCUCGGUGCAAUUUCGGCCACCCGCUCUUAGUGUCCUGUCACCCUCGUGAGCCCUCGAGGGUCUGUUCCUGCUCUCCCGGCCUCACGACGGCGCCCUGACCCUUGGGCCCGGCCGGGGAGCGUUCUGGAUAGCGGAGGUUCCGCGGACCCGGGCUGGUAGGGGUGGCUCUGGCUCACCUCCGGGGUGGCACUUAUGAUGGUGCCGCCCCCGGCCCCGCUCCCGGCGCGGGAACCUAACGGGGCCGGACGCCAGCGGGGGACACCUGAGCCCGUGAGGUUCGCGGACGUGGCCGUGUACUUCUCUCUGGAGGAGUGGGGGUGUCUGCAGCCCGCGCAGAGGGCCCUGUACCGGGACGUGAUGCGGGAGACCUACGGCCACCUGGGCGCGCUCGGCUUCCGAGGUACCAAGCCAGCCCUCAUCUCCUGGGUGGAGAAAGAGGCGGAACUAUGGGGACCAGAUGCCCGGGACCCGGAGGUGGGAGAGUGUCUUACAGAAGCAGACACAGCAGGUUCCAGAAACAAGAAAGAGAGAGGACAGAGAGAAGGGACUGAGGCACUGGGGAAGAGCCUUUUUGUGGACACUCAGCCUCCUGGGCUGACGACUCUCAAACCCCUUUCUGCUGGGUUUUCUUAUGGUUGCGAGCAGCCAUCUAAGGUGCCUCGCCGGGGUCGCCCGCCACUCUGUGUCCAUCCCCCGGUCCCUAGGGCAGACCAGCGUCACGGUUGCUACAUGUGCGGGAAGAGUUUCGCCUGGCGCUCCACCCUUGUCGAGCACCUGUACACCCACACGGGUGAGAAGCCCUUCUGCUGCCCUGACUGUGGCAAGGGCUUCAGCCAGGCCUCCUCUCUGAGCAAGCACCGGGCCAUCCACCGCGGGGAGCGGCCGCAUCGCUGCCCGGACUGUGGCCGGGCCUUCACCCAGCGCUCCGCCCUCACCACCCACCUUCGCGUCCACACGGGCGAGAAGCCCUACCGCUGUGUUGACUGCGGCCGCUGCUUCAGCCAGAGCUCUGCCCUCUACCAGCACCAGCGGGUCCACAGCGGCGAGACCCCCUUCCCCUGCCCGGACUGUGGCCGCGCCUUUGCCCAUGCCUCCGACCUUCGGCGCCACGUGCGCACCCACACGGGCGAGAAGCCCUACCCGUGCCCAGACUGCGGGCGCUGCUUCCGACAGAGCUCUGAGAUGGCAGCCCACCGGCGCACCCACAGUGGCGAACGCCCCUACCCCUGUCCCCAGUGUGGCAGGUGCUUCGGCCAGAAGUCAGCUAUGGCCAAGCACCAGUGGGUCCAUCGGCCUGGUGCGGGCGCACGCAGGGGCCGAGGUGCCAGUGGAUUGCCUAUACCCUUGGCCUCUGGCCGAGGGGACCUGGACCCACCCGUGGGCUUCCGGCACUACCCAGAGAUAUUCCAGGAGUGUGGGUGAUGGCCUCAAAGGUGAGGAGUCAAAGGGUGAAGAUCAAGAUAUUGCCUGAGGCCCAAGGUGGCCUCAGGGGCCCAAAACUCUGUGACAGCUCCAGGAAGGGCACAGAAUUCCCAGCAAGAGCUGGACCUGGGGCCUGAGGACCAUCUCAUCUUAGGCCCUCACCAGCUUGAUCUGCUGAUACCUUAUUCCCUUCUGUCCCAGACUCCAGAAGCCCCUUUGUUGAGUUAGGGCUGAUGUAAAAACCCUCACUAGAUUUCCACUGUGGAGAAGAAAAGGCUGUUUCUCAGCUUAGACAUAAGAGGACUGAGGUGGAGAGUUUUGUUUUACCCCUUGACUUUACUGCAGAAUUUAGAAACUGGUGGCCAUGUAAUGAACCCGGCCCAUGACAGACUUUUAAAAUAUUUUUCUGGCCCAGCUAGUGUUUAACAAUGUGACAAAUUAUUGUUUAAGAUUUAAAAGUCAGGAUAUUUCACACAAAAAGCUAGGUUUCUGGCCUCUCACAGAACCACAAUGGAUGAGAGCUGAAGGGCAGUUGUCCCUUUGGAUGGAGCCCAGGUUCUCCAGUUCAUCACGCCUGUCACUUAUCACCUCUUACCAGUAUUAGCUGGCAUUUGUCAUGGCUUGGCCACAUCUCUGGCAAAGCAGGCCCUCUCCUUCUGGCAUUUUCUGCUCAUCUACAUGACCUGUUGGGCUCCUGUAGUCAUCUGAGUUUACAAACUGUAGUCUACCUCAUUCCACUGUUUCUGAAUCAGGGAUUCAUGGAGACAGCAUACAUGUGAAAGGGUGGCAGGAGAGAAGGAAAAGCAGGCUUUAUGUUAGACCUCGGCUUGUAUUGCAUUUUGUGGUUUAUAAAGUACUGUCUUGUCCAUCAACUCAUUUCACCCUCACAGCUGCCUACAGAAGGAAGGAUCUUGCUUGGAGAGGAGAAUCCAUCAGGAAGAGGCAGUCAGGACUGAAACUUCUGCCCCAAACAGAGUAGUGUCUCGCAUGCCAGAGCUGACCUGCAGUUCCUGUUUUGAAGGGGAAGGGCCUGAGAGUGCCCUCUAAUCCUUGGGCCUCCCAGGGAGAGCUCAGUGGUUCAGGCUUUGCCACUCUAGGCCCAGCCAGGAGGGCCUCAUCACAUUUUUGAAUUGGAAGAGAUCUUAGCUUUUCCAUCCUUUUGCAGUUGGGGACACUGAGACUGGGGAAGGCUAAUCAACCUGUCCAAGGUCACACACAGAGGGCAACUCUAGGGUUCCUGGUUUCCUGCUGUCUUUACCAGACCACUCCUGAAUUCCUUGCCAGUGUCUCCACCAGGGUUCUGGAGGGAUCUGCCCACUCCCUGUGAUGACCCACAGGCAUUGACCUGGACUAGGGACAGAGCAGCCCAAUGUCAGUGAAGCCCAGAUACAAGAUGAGUGACCAAACAGCCACAGAGCAGACCAAGGCCAGGGAGAAACCAGCCUGAGAUGAGAGCUCCAGGGCCAACAAAGCAAAGCUUGCAUCUUCCCUCUCUUUAGGUACCUCCAUCACAAAGGGGACCAGGCCAGGAACACUUGGGGUUAGUAGCCAGAGGGAACUGCACUCAUCUAUAUUCCCAAGCUCUACACAGAAUCCUCUCCCAUCACCCUGUGACUCCAUUAUCCAUCUACCACUAAUUCCUUUGUGGUCAGAGUCCAGCUUUGUCCAGGUGACGGAAACAGCCAACCAUGGGCAGACCCUUUCCUGCCUCUGAUCGGGGUGACGCUUCGCCUCAAGGAGGAGUAGUAACAAGGGCUUGAGUCCUUGGUGGCCUAUGUGCACUUGCCUUUUGACAACUCAGCCCUGUGUCUGGCCUUAGGAAGAAAUCAGAUUUAUCAACCUGGAGAAGCUUGUAAAGGAAAAGGUAGAAAAUUUGAGGAAGAGACACUGUUCAGGUAAAGAGAUGAACUGACUUGAUUCCAAUCUAAUCUUCAAAUCUAACCCUAUCAAGACCUCUCAGCCUAAACUUCACUGGGAGGAUUGGCUCACGUGCCACCUGUCCCAAGGGGGACAUGGGGCUGUGGAGAAGCACCUUGGAAGUGGCUACCUUUGAACCAGUUCUUAAUCCCCUAGAGAAGCCAGUGUACAACCCAUCCUUCCCCUGCCCCUCAGCACUGCCUGGGGAAGGCAGCCUGCAAUACCAGUUCUCAGCUCAAACUCAAAGCCAGAUCAGGACCCUGCCCUGAGCUUGCCAAUUAAAGGUAUAAUUGCUACUUUCUCUGAGUGCUUUGAAGUUUGCAAAGCUUACUUAGGGCCCCCAAACCUGACCCAACUCCUCUGCUUCCUGCCCUGCUGACCCAACUUUCCACCACUUAAUUUUUGAGUGUCAUGAACGCUUAAGCCUCAGCAUAAGCCCCUUAUUACCUCCUCACUCCUUGGCAUGGAUGGGAGUGGAAGGGCCCCAAAGGUGGGGCUCACUUUUCUCUCCACUAUCACAGGUCUCUGAGGCUCAGAUCCUGAAGCAAUUUAAGCCAGAAAGGUGCUUUCCCUACGGCUUCCCUGGUGUAUUAGGAGAAACACUUGUCCACACCAGUGAAAACAUGAACCCUGUCUACAUGGCCAGAGUGAGAGGUCAAGGCUGUAACCAUGUGGCCCAUCCCUAGUUUGUCCAAGCUAUGUAAAGGAUAAGUAUUGAUUUGAGCUCCAAAAACCCGUAAGUUUUUUUGGAA